CCUUCUCCAUUAAUUUCAAGCGUCGGCGGCCACAACCAAAAGAAACGCCACCUUGUUUAAUCGUUUAUGUAAACUUUGCUGCGGCUUAAUUCGGUUGACUUAGCGGGCCCGCUGCCGAUUGAGCACACGUUCGUCCUUCCACGGUCACAGACGACAGAACGAACGGACUGGGCGGUCCCUCCUGCCCGUUUACGAUUACGGCGGAACGCCAGGCUGUGGUCUAUCAAAAACAAUAAAAAAGUGAAACAAAGGACCCCGAACGGGCAGUGCAGUGUCGAGCGUUUAUCGGGAAAGGUGACAUCUGGCGGUGUGUUUUUUCGUUUCUUCUUUUCGAGUGAAAAGCAAACACGUUUUCCGUUCGGGCAAACGAAUUUUAGAACAUCAAUCAGCGAAAAUGGCCUUCCGCUUCGUUAGCGUUCUGCUUCUGGCCGCGAUGGCAUCCGCUCAGCUAUCUUUCCGAAACGAUCCAUCACAGAACAGCUUCCAGAUCCAAACGCCCGGCUUCCAGCAGUCCUUCACCCGCUACUUCAACGGCCAGCAGGGCAGCCUCUUCGCAGCCCAGCAGCAGCAGCAACAAAGUCAACCUCAAUAUGCCCCAUUGCCACAAACGUACCAACAACAGCAGCAGCAACCCGCUUACUACCAGUCACAACAGCAGCAGCAACAACCCUACAGCAGGUUUACCUCGCAGUUUGGAGCGGCUCAGAAUGGUGCGGCCGAGCCGCAGUACACUACCGUUCAAGACAACUACAUCAAUCCGAACAUCCGACUUGCCGUUCAGCAGCAGCGAUUGCAGCAACAGCAGCAGCAGCAACAACAGCAACAAUAUCAACCUCAGGCUCAGCCACAGCAGCAGUAUUACUCACAGGAGGACAUUACGGCUUAUCUACAGAGCCAACAGGCCGCCCAAUCCCAAUACUACGGCCAACAGCAACCGCAAGCUAAUCCUCAGUCCCAGUACGAAUACAUCCAGCAGCAGCAACAGCUACAACAACAACAGCAGCAGCAGCAGCAGCAACAACAACAACAGUACGACGCCAGUCAACAACAACAGCAACAACCCGCCGACGCCCAGCCCACCCCCAACAAGCUGAUCGGCGUGGCCUACUCGCCCUCGAACGAGGUCUCCCAGGUCAAGUUCAACGGCAACGGGCUGAAGUACAACUUCUGAAGCAUCCUGGCAGCCCUGGCCGUCAACUGUGCUUGUUUGCUGCUGUUCAACGCUUACCUGCGGCGGACUGCCGAGCGGAAAGUUUGCGCCGUUUGAAAAGUCAAACCCGAAACUAAUCUAUAACGAGAGGAACAGAGAGCGAGUGUGUGUGAUUGAAAAUUUGUUUUUAUUUAUCUUCGGACCCGUCGUCGUCCGCCCCCCAAUGGGGCAAACGGAAAGUUGUUGAAAAUAGUUUGGAAAAAUUAACCCUCAAUCAACGGAACAAGGGUUGCCCGCGAUGACGAGUUGAAAUAAAAAGGAAUGUUUUUUGUUGACCUAA